CGUUCUGCUCAGGGGAUUUCUACAGUAAAAUGUAGUACUAUGUACAGCGAGCAUGCGUACCUGCAACAUAUGUAGCUAGUAGCGAUCUGCUAAUAACAUUCAAACCUCUUAACUUUCCUAGCAGAAAUAAACUCACUUCUUAGAUCUACCAUAGAAUGAAACCACCAAACUUUACUAAACUGCCGCUCCCUGCACACAUUUUUAUAUGUUCUUCCUGGUUUCACUUCCUUACAGGUCACUUCCUGUGCAUUGGAUUUCCGAAUUGAAUGAAAGGAAAUUUGUGAGGGGACCAAGAGAGAAAGCAAGAGCACCUGGCCCAGGAGGAAAAGGUGCACAGUCAGCGCCAAUUCAGCAUUCCUUCUUAACGGAUGUGUCGGAUGUCCAAGAAAUGGAGAAGGGUCUACUUAGCCUUUUAAAUGACUUCCAUUCUGGAAAACUUCAAGCAUUUGGAAAUGAGUGCUCUAUUGAUCAGAUGGAGCAUGUCCGAGAGAUGCAGGAAAAGUUGGCACGUUUACAUUUUGAUCUGUAUGGUGAGCUAAAGGAACAUCCUGAUGACCAACACAAAAUAGCCAGUGAUGUUAAUCUGGAAAAACUGCUUUCAAAUCUGGAAGAGCUGAGUUCUUCAAUUCAAAAACUUCACCUGGCAGAUAAUGUAGAUGUUCCCAAGACUUCCAGUACUUGAAUCUGUUACAAAUUUGCCAGCCAGUGGACUGGGGACUGGCAAGGAAGACAUUAAAAUGUUGGUGAACUGGAACCAAGAAACUGCUUGCCUGGUAUGCAGUUGCGUACUGCUCCAUUUCAACAUUCUUUCACUGUUCUUUUCUGUUUACAGCACAGCUUAUAAGUUCAAGUCACAUUGUUAAUCUGUGUUGAUGAGAACUGUUGUUGCAGGCGAGCUGAUGUACAGAUGUUUUUGUCACCAGAAGCAGAAUAUGAGGCACAGUACCUUGAAUGUUGACGAGGUACAGUGUUUGGCUUUGAGAGAGACACUUGAAAGCUUUAUUUUUGUUACUUUGCGUAAUGUUGCACAUGUUUUAUACUGCCUCAGCACAUAUUACAUGCACUACAGUUAUUUCUUUUCUGUAAUUUACUUGAAUGUCUUACAAAAAGGUGUGUUUAUUACUACUCCACAUUCUUUAUUUGGACAAUCUUGUGUGUAUUAUACUUUUUUUUAUUCUUUAAGGACUGCCAGUCUUAUUAAAAAUGUGUUAUAUGUAAAGUUGGUUGUGCUGUUCAGAAUAAAUAUAUAAUUAUU